AACCAUCACUGGCGACAAAAAAGGCAGUCAGAUUUGGUUCUUGCCACCCCCACCCCUUCGUGUGCUGUCUCAGCCUUAAAAGGUGAUCGCGAACGCAGCAUGCCUCAAGAGUCAGGUGAAGGCCAUACAGUACGUGCCAUAGGUGCUACGUGCUCCCGCUGUGAACACGAAGCCGUUUUUCCAGUUCUCUGCAAUCUGCGUACACGGGAGUUGUGACUUCACGGGCAGCUCAGAGGAUCCUGGCGACUGACAGGUUCGCGAGUGGAGGAGCGGCCAAGCUUGUUCAACUGCUCUGUUGUGCGCAUGUAAAGGCCGACCAUGGUGUCGAAGGGUCAAGUGAGUGAGGGAAGUGAGCUCAAGAGUUUACCUCAAGAAGAUAUCACUUUCACUUCAUUUCGAACAACACCAUCACCAUCAUCACACCCCCAUCAUCAUCCAAGGACGAAGUUUUCUGUGCCUGUGCUGGUGGUGCUGAUUGGAGUCGCGAUGGUGGCGUGCUUGGUAGCACUGGUGGUGAAUCGCACACAUGAGGCUCCUAACAACACCUCCACAUCUACCUCCACGCGCUUGGCUCAAACAUUCCACUUGGCCUCCUAUUAUGGUCCUGCAGAGGGGACCACAUGGCGCCUUCGUGUGGGGGUUCGGGAAGGCAGGAGCCGAGGUGGUCGUGAGACUCUACAAUGGGAGCAGGGACUUGCUACAAGAGCACAGGAGCAACGUGUCGGCAGAGUCACAAACGUGGUCCGUCACCCUGGACCCCAUGGAUGCUGGGGGGCCGUUCUCUCUCAAUGCCACCCAGUGGAGCCCUGUGGGGAGCGGCCCUGGGGGGGAAGUGGCGUGGGCGGAAGUUGUGAUCAGCGACGUCUGGUUCGGGGAAGUUUGGCUUUGCGUGGGGCAGAGCAACAUGCAGAUGACUGUGAACCAGGUAGUGAAUGCGAGUUGGGAGCUGACUCAAGCCGCCAACUUCUCUCUCAUCCGUCUGUUCGCUGUCUCCUUGAAGACAUCACUCCAGCCUCUAGAUGACUUUGCAUCAGUCGCACUCCCCUGGAGUCUCCCCACAGCUGACCGCCUAGGCAUGGGAGACUACACCGUCUUCUCGGCCGUCUGUUGGUUCUUUGGCCGGAACCUACACCGCACUCUGGGGGUCCCCGUGGGGUUGGUGCAGUCCUGCUGGGGGGGUACCCCCAUUGAAUCCUGGUCCUCGCCCCGAGCCCUGGCGCGCUGUGGACUCAAUGCACAGCCUCAGAGCAGUGGUCAACUCGAACCGACAGUGCUGUGGAACGCAAUGAUUCACCCUCUGCUGAAUAUGACCCUCAAAGGGGUAAUCUGGUACCAAGGUGAGAGAAACACUGGGCACAACACUGACCUGUACAACUGCAGCUUCCCGGCCAUGAUUAACGACUGGCGUCGGGAAUUCUACACAGCCACCAAUGGCAACACAGACCCGCUUCUGCCCUUUGGAUUUGCACAGAUCUCCACCAGUGACCCAUAUGACAACACGGAUUCAUAUCCUCGCAUUCGCUGGCACCAGUCUGCAGACUACGGUUUCACCCCAAACUCGCGAAUGCCCAAAACCUUCAUGGCCGUCACCAUCGACUUGUGUGACCGCACUUCCAUCUAUGGGUGGAUCCACCCACGCUACAAGCAGGAGGUUGCCACCCGUCUACUGCUGGGUGCGAUGUCUGUUGCAUACAAUGACAGUUCCUCCAUAUUCCAAGGCCCCUUCCCAGAAUUGGCCAUUGUGAACCUCACAACCCAAAUGCUCAUCAUCAAAUAUGGACAGGAGCUAAUCCACCACAAUGGGGGACGGGGCGAUUUUCAGAUCUGCUGUUCCCAAGUGCGCGGUCAGUGUCUCAAUGAGGACUGGAACCAAGCUCCAAUCCUCUCUGUACAAGCCCAGAGUGUCUUCCUCAACAUCUCCACCUGCAUCAGCACCAGCAGGGCUGUGACGUCCGUCCGCUACGCUUGGUCCAACUGGCCAUGUGAACUCUACGCUUGUGCCCUCUAUGGAGCGGGGCCCACCGCACUACCAGCACCCCCCUUCAUUAAGGACGUGCCAUUGGAGGUAGUUUAUAACAGCAGUGUUGGGGGUGUUCCUAACGGCAGUGUCGGGGGUGUUCCUAACGGCAGUGUCGGGGGUGUUCCUAAUGGCGGUGUCGGGGGGGUUCCUAACAGCAGUGUUGAUGGGGCCCUUUUUGGUCAUGUUGAGGGGUUCAUAAUGUUCAUGUUGGUGGGGUUCACAAUGACUGUGUCAAUGGGUUUAUAAUACCAUGGCUGGUAAGCUGUCAUUCUUUCUUCAUCCACGGGACCCCGGCUGGGGUCUCCCCCUUGCCCUCAGACAAAGACCAUAAUACAUAUUGCUACGUCGACACUGAAUGAUAUACCGAAAUAAAAUUUCCCACAGUAUGGGCAGUACUCGGCUUAAUUAAUUAAUUCCUGAGACCUGUUCGUAGGUCGAGUGGUUCGUAGGUCGAGUGGUUCGUAGAUCAGAACACAAUAAUGCACUGUAUUUAAAUGCUCAUAUGGUCAGUGUUAUGAAAUGUGUUACAAUUCAACAAAAAGGGAAUAAUUUUGUCACUCAUAAUUAAGAAGAAAUACUGUACAUAUGAAAGUGACAACGUAAAAAAAGACUCUUACCUAUGAAAGUAAUUUUUUUGUCUGUCUGCACAUGCCUUGCAAUGCUUUUAACUGACAAUUAAUGUUAAUAAUUGAUAGUGGAAUGUAUUACAAAUGUAAACUUUGUAUUAAUGAUGGAAUUAAGCUGCGGUAACGACAUUAAAGAUAUGAAU